ACCAAGUGCACCCGCUUGUGUGUCUAAUGUCAGCCCGUCCCGACCUGUCAAUUCGCUCGACGUAUCGUCGAUAUACAUAAGUUAUCCGAUAUUUUAUUCAUUUACAUUUCGACACGGAAGAUGUAAAAUGUCGCGGUGAGACGCCGUAAGGCAAAUCGGCUCGUGAUAUGAUCGGACUAUUUAGCAAAAAUCUCAAGGACGAUACCAUCGCAUGCGAUUUCGUUUAUUUGACGGGAUAAACAAAGCGGUAGUCUUCAACAUUUCAUACGCCAGUGUCUCUAGUAAUUAUCUUCAAAUGACGAUUUUCAUAAUUGUCAUCCGCUGUUGGAGUUACCAGUUUUAACAAAGUUUCUAGUUCCCUUUCUGGAUUUAUAUCUUUCCCACCUGCAAUGAUGUCGUACGAUUAUCCUCAUCCGGUUUCGAGAACGUACCAAUACAAGAAGAUAACAAAGCCGCUUUUGGAAAGGAAGAGACGAGCGCGAAUAAAUCGUUGUCUCGACGAGCUCAAGGAUCUUAUGGUGGACGCACUGGAGACCGAAGGCGAGAAUAUCAGUAAGCUGGAGAAGGCGGACAUCCUCGAGCUGACGGUACGUCAUCUGCAGAAGCUGCAGGCCUCGCGACCCUCCGGAUUAUCAAUGACAAUCGCGAGCGGCGAGGAAAUUUCGGCGGAAAGUCGCUGGCAAUCCGGCUUCAGGCAUUGCGCAGCGGAAGCUUACAGAUUUCUCUCGUCGCUUCCAGGUGAAGCCGCGGAGAGGCUGGCAAGACACCUCGCAGCUGGUCUCCAAACGAAUCGACAAACAAAUUCACCGUCGAAAGCCAACCUGUUAUCGCCUACCCUGGUCAAUCUGGAUCGCAUCGCCAACGUCGUGGUACCUUGUCCUGUCGGCACCUCCGGCGAAAUUGACUCGGCGAUACUCUCCACGAACACAUCGCCGAUAAGAUCCACGCCUCACACCGAUAAAAUUGUUGUUGGGAUCCACGACGCGGGCGCGUCAACAACCGCCUCCUCCACGCCUCGAUGUCGGACCUCAGUAUCGCUCGUUAACGACGAUGAGAAAUUAACAGUAAAUUACAGUGCCAAACUGAAGAGUCUGAGGGACCGACGACCGCCGACGACGACGACGAUAACGACGACGAGGAAUAAAACGAAUGACCCACUUAACAUUAAUGCCGAUGACGAUGAAGAAAUCGACGUAGAGCGCGUGGAUGAUCGCGACCCGAUGUGGAGACCAUGGUAGCGCGCGAAAACAUGUAUAAAAAAAUUGAUCAUAUGCAUUCCUCUUAUAUAGAUUGUCUUGAACUUGACAUUUUUUAAAUCUACAAUUGCCUUGACAUAUUAGGAAAAGCCGAUUUUCAUCUUAAUAAAAAUGUUGAGGCACCAAAUGUGGGUUUUCUGAUCGAAAAUAAAAAAC